UUUGUUACAAUAUUUAACACAUUUUUACCGAUUUUUUUGUAUUUCUUUUUAAUAUUUCUUACACAUAACUUAGAAUAAUUUACAGAAAUACUAAACAAAUUACGAAGUUGUCAUUUUGACUUCCUUAUUGUGUUGUGAUAACAAAUCAAAACAACCGGGUAUCUGGAGAAAAUCGACGCGAGACUGUUACGCAGUUGAUUGUUAUGGUGGAAAAUUUAAAAGGAAAACUUGGUGCCCUCUUUCAAAAUGAAUCUAAUAAUUUCAAAGGAGACGCGACGGACUGGAGGCUGCUGGGGCAGGAGCGCGACGGCUUGCUGCUGGUGGGCUGGACCCUGAGUGCGGACCACACCGCCCGCACUUGCAUCGGAGCCUUCGACUAUGCCUCCAACUGCCUCCAGGUGCUGCACGUGUUGGACAGCCUGGUCCAUGUCGUGCAGGCGUCCGUGAGCCACUCUCGCCAACUCCUGGGCUACGUGGUGAAGGAGGUGAAGGAGGAGGAGGCGUACCGGGCGUGCCUGGCGCAGCUGGGACCCCACGGGGCCACGGAGCAGCCCUUGGGGGCCCGCUCCACGCACCAGACGCUGGUGCAGUUCCUCUACCGGCGCAAGGACCGGUCGGCCGCGGAGAAGCUGGUUCACCUGGUCCACCAGGAGCACAUUGUUCUGCAGCAGUUGACCAGAGUUGAAACAGAAGAUGGAAACUGGGAACCGGGCGACGCGGAGAGCCUGGUGCAGGCCUUCACGUGGGCGCAGUGGGACCCCGAGCACCAGUGCCUCUACUACAUCCACUACCGGCGGGCGGCGGCCAGCGUGGAGGGGGAGGGCGGGGAGGAGGUGGCGCCCACGCUCACCUGCUUGCAGUUCCACGACCACCUGCCCCACGAGACCGUGCUCAACAUCCCCCUGAACCUGCCCCAGCUGCCCCGCGCGGGUGAGGCCCUGUGUGCCCUGUACGAGGACGACCCCAUCCCACUGCGUGCGCACAACUGCUCCCUCGACCUGCAGGUUGUGUGCGACUCGACGGGCGUGGUCUGCAUCUGCCACCACUACUUGUACCAGCCAUUCCGGUCGCCGCAGGAGGCCGCCCGGGAGGCGGACGCCACCAGCACGGUCCACUUUGCCUACUCGGUGACGCUGCUGCACCACGGCUGCGUGAUACACUGCGUGAUGCCGGGCAUCCCGUGGGCGCGGGCGCGCGCCAUGAAGCCCACCUUCGCCCUGCACGGCGACCACCACUUGGUGGUGUACGCGCCGGGACUGUUCACGCACCUGCUGGACGUGGGGCUGAGCCACGAGCCGUGCUGCCACGUGCUGCUGAGCCCCGUGCUGGCGGGCGUGCCGGCCUCCGCCUGCCGCCUGGUGCCCCUGCUGGGGCCCGCCGGCGAGGGCCCGCUCCUCACCGUGGACCUGGGCUCGCUGGACCUGGUGCCGCUGGCCGUGGGCGGGGGCCACCUGGCGGACGCCUUCCGCCACGCCUCCAGCCUCGACAACCGCCUCGCCAUCCUGCACUACUUCCUCGUGCACCGCCACGACGCCGACAUGGUCGCCGAGCUGCUGAUGCCGCUGGCGGAGCGGCCGCUGGACCUGAGCGCGGCCAGGCUGCUGCAGGAGGCGCUGGUGGGCGGGGCCUAUGCCUCGGUGCUCAGGAGCCUGCCCUCUGACGCGGCCGCGCUCGUGGCGCUGCUGCCCUUCAGCACGGUCGUCGCUGCGCCGGAGCUCCAGGUCAAGGCGGACAAGCAGAGCGUGUCGGUGACGCAGCAGACACUGUGGAACACGGCCAUGAUGCUGCUGAGCCCGGGCCAGCGGCUGGUGCCGUACCGCGCGGACAUGUGGACGCAGCUGUGGGAGCACCUGGCGCGGCACGGCGGCAAGGAGCACGCUCGCUUCCAGCCCAGCCAGGUGGCCGACAAGCUCAUGGUGUCCCUGGUCUGCUACCAGCCGGAGGCCCUGUCGCGCUCCAGCACGCCGCUGUCGCCCGGCACGAGCCUCGUGGGCUCCGGCGCGUUGGCGGACCUGGCCAGCCUGGCGGGGCGCAAGGCCUCGGCCGACGCGCUGCCCUUCCCCGAGGUCGAGAGCUGCACGGCCAGCAAGCAGGAGCACGUCAUCUCCGUGAACCUGCGGGAGCUGAGCAUGCACCUGCUGAAGGGCGCGGCCGGCAGGCAGACGCCCAUGCACGUCCACGUGGUGGCCACGCGCUACGUCUCCGCGCAGCUCGAGACGUCCCGCCUGCUGUGCCAGCUGCUGUGCCGGAGCGCGGCCGUCGACGCGCGGCUCCAGCAGGAGAGGGGCUUCCCGCUGGUGGACCAGCUGGACGAGGGCCGGCGCCUGGUGCUGUUCCACCUGCUGGAGCGCUACCACUACGCCGUGGGCUCGCUGGCCUUCCCGCUGCCCCAGGGCUUCACCUCCUUCUUCACCUACCUGGGCUACCGCGCUCUGCCGCGCCCCGCCUUCCUGCAGUACCUGCAGCGCAGCGUGCUGGAGCUGCACGUCGACGCCCUCAAGGCCAUCUUCGCAGAUGUAGAGGACUCGCGCGAGGGCGUGCGCUGGAAGCUGCGCCUGCUGCUGCAGCUGCCGCGCUCGCGGGCCAAGCGCCUGCUGAACCAGUGGGCGCACCCCGUGAGCCUGAUGCUGCGCGCGCGCGAGCACGCCCUCGCCGUGCUGUCCGGGCUGGAGGGCACGCAGGCGGCCCGGGCCCGCCCCGCCGCGCCGCGCAGCAGGCCGGCCCCGCUCUACUCCCGAGGGCUCGCUGCCUUCCCUUCUGCUGAUAGGUUGUCUCCUCUCGACACUUUCCUUGACCUACUAACCGCUAAAGCUAGUCUGACAGAACUGGAUUUUGGUCUGCUGGUUGAAGCCACCAUCACGUCGACGGAAGACUUCUUGUAGUGAUCGCAUGUCGAGAGAGCGGCCAGGCGUGGUACAGACUGUGCUGACGUCAGGGAAGUCAUUGACAACUCUGCUGUUUGAGGGGGAAAUUGACGUGUUUGAUUUGUAGCACAUUCCGUUUAGUUACCGUACAUUUCAGUCAGGGUGAAAGUGACCUCCAUGGUCUUGCUAACUUCUUGCGUCAGGCGACUCUGAAUGUCCGUCUUCAUUCUCAUUUAUUGUAGCGCCCAGCUAUUAAGUAUGUUUUCUAAGUUUUAUUUUUGCAAAAUUACUAAGUUGUUUGAAAAAUAUAAAAUUAGGUUAGGGUAAAUGUAUAGUUUUAAUAUACAUACAGCAUGGAAUUAUUUUCAUUGCAAAAGAGCGUAUAUAUACAUUAUUUAAUAUGUGCCAUUUCACAGCCUCUAAUUGUACUUAUUAUUCAUGAAUAGGUAGAGAUAAGAUUAUAUGGUGAAUUGCGAUAAAACCGAAAUAUCACAGAAAAGCAUGGACCAGGAAAAAUUAUUUAAUUUCUUUGAUAGUGCAUCUCUUGUUGAAUCACUUUUAAACAACAAAUGCUAGCCAAUUAAUUUUUAUUGUUCUGAGUAUCUAUUUUACACAAAUUUAUUACAAAUUAAUUUAUCAUUAAAUUGCAGCGUAUGAACAUUGCAUUACACUAUUGUGGUGGUAUCAGUAUCACAAAACAGAAUUUAUCAAAAUAAAAAAAAUAAAACUGAAAUCUUCUGUUUUAAAAACAAAAUUGGACUAAAAAUAAAACCAUAAAAUCUAGUCUCAAUGAAUAGGUUGUACAUUAGCUUGUUUCUGUUAACGUUAAUGGGUAUUUGUUGUAAAUGUAACAGUCGUAUGUUCCCUGGCUUCAGUCUGAAAGCAUGGCUAUAUGUGGUAGUUAUUCCUUAUCAAACACUGACUUGUCCUACACACCAUCUCAGUAUUCUUCACCAGGCAGUGGUGCCACCUGUCCACUGUCACCUGCAAACCUACUGUUAGCAUCUAUGGUGCAUUUGGUAUGGUAUCAUACCAUAUUCAUGUCCUAUUCAGUGUAAGGAUUAUUCAUUUUUGGUUAGUGAGGUAUAAUUUAAAUUUCAUACUUAUUUAUUAGGACUAACUGAAUUUUGUUUCUAAGGUUUGUCCGACUGUAACUCGAGGCAACCAUUCCUCUGUGGUAAUCAUUAACGUGACGACUAUUUUUGACGAAAUGUACUAACAGCAAGUUUGCCCCAAGUCCAUAACAAACCUGCGAAAUGAAACACAGCUGAAUAAGUCUGCCAGACAAGUUAACAAGCUUAUGACCAGCUGUAAGUCUUGACUUGGCAGUUGGCAGCACUGCUUGGAACAACAUAGUUUUAUCAGGAGUGACAUUUUCUAUGACCAUUUCCAUGUUUUAGUCACUGUGAAAGUCUUAGAAAAGCACAAAGUUGAUCUCAAUCUAAGACUGCUUGUUUAUAGUUUUUGCAAUCUCAUAAUUGCACCUUUAAAUUUAAAAAAAUUGUGAUAAAAUUGCAAGCCAAAAAUGCAGUUAUGUUUGUAUUGAGUUCUUACUAAUAUUGUGGUUCCUUUGUACUGUAUUGUUUUAAAUUAUUUUUGUGAUUGAGGAAAACAAACCUAGUACGUAAUAUCUGAUGCUGUUUACAUCAGUAAAUAAUACUUGAAUAAUUACAGUGAUGUAAUAACUUCUUGUUACAGUUUUGACUAGGAUUAAAUAAUACAGCUUAGGCUAUGAAUGAUGGCAAGGGAGGUAGCGGUCAUCAUCCAGAAGUGCCGUCUCGGCCAGAGCGUUUGCUCGCGCGCGGAACUGUCGAGGGAGCGUGGUGCGGCUUGCAGGCGACUGUGACUCGCUGACUCACGAGACGUAGCGUGUCCGAGAGACAGGAUUGUGAAAGCAACCUGCAGCUUCUGUCGUCAAUGAAACGCACACUAUUUACAACUACGCACAAACAUUUUGUUUUUCAUGAACCACUUUUAUGCUCGCAGCAAUAAAAUCGUGGAGAUCAAUGUGUUCUCUGCACCAGCGUUGGCAGUGGAAGGCACAGAAGACGAGUGCCGAGGAACGGGGAACACCGGUUAGGCACCUUGCAGGCACCAGGGUAGGCAACACCCGUGCAGAUGUGAACAGAAACUGGAUCAGAAUUGUGGUUCUGAUCCAACCACAAACAGCAAAAUUGAUAAAAUGGAAUAUUAUUUCCUCUGUUUUCACAGGCAUAUCAAUUCAAAGAAAUUUAAUUUUGGAUUUAGAAGAAAAAAUUACAAUAGUUCAAUUCAAAAAAGGCCUACACACUGGAACUACUAUCAGUUCAUUGAGAACGUAGUAAUAUUACAGACAAUUCCUGUAGUACAGUAAAUUCCUGUUACGAAGUUUUGUUAAGGUUACUUAUAUAUUUAGACUUAUUAACAGCAAAAUUUUAUUUAAAGUGUAAUAUUGUAUGUAUUUAUAGGUCUAUCAUUAUAUUUUUAUAACUUAUUAUAAAGGAAAUUUUCUCAAGUGAGAUUUUCUUUGAAAGGUAUUACUGUAUUUGAUUAAAUAAGGUUGGUGCUUCACAAGCUAGGUUAUCAGUUAAUGUAUGCGCACACAUUGUGUGACAAAUCACACUUUGAAAUAUGGUGCAAAAAAAUUUUUUUCGACACAGUUAGGUUUUUUAAUAGUGAAGGUUCAAAUUCAAAUUUUCUCAUCUAAAUCUUGAGGAACGGUAAUAGGAUAGAUAGGCAAGACAAGAAACACAAACUCCAGACUUGUCAGGGUUUAAUUAAAGAAUUAAAUACAUUUCUUCCAAUAUUUUUCUUUGAAUCCUUUUCUUCGAAUCUCACAUCUUUCAAAUGGGAGAUUUUAGAUGGAUCCAUCUCUAAUUUUAAAUCAACGACAUAAUUCUGGUGAACUGCAUCAGCGAACAAGGUUCUCAAUUCCAAUAGACAAGUGGAGGUAUUUCAAUGAACCAGGUACAUCGUGCAAACGAUGCCCGACAGGACAAAACAUGCUUACGGACUCACUCAAGAAAAACUAAACUCACGAGAACAAAUAUCUUCAAGAGCCAAACAGUAAUUACAAACGGACAGCACAGCUCAUUUAUCUGGUGUGCGUGAGGAGUGGACAGAAUGUCGGCUAGUUCCUCAAGCGAACAUUGAGGUUUGCCUUGGAGAGUGACGUGAGUAGUCGGCAGAUUCAGCUCGUUCUUCCAGGCACUGCAUCAUUGCUGGUGAAACUACUGCAUGUUUGAACACUGCAGCGGUAUCCUAGGCAGUUGCUACUAGAGGCUUGUUUUUGCUCAGCAGUUCAAACAUGUAUCUUAAUAAGUAGGCAUCAAAUAUUCAUAAAAUCAGAACUAAUGUAUAACAUAAUAAGAGAAUUUCAAGAAACAGCAUAAAGAGAAUUUUAAUUUAGCUUCAAAUGAUUUUAAGUUUUUAAUGUGACGUCUUAGCUCUCGGUAUACAGUAGGAGGGUUUCGUGCAUGGAACGGAAAUGUAUAACCACCACAGUGCUGCCACCUAUGGCGAGUGGCACGAACCAAAGUUUACAAAGAAAAAGGGAAAAAUUCAUAGUAUUAACUAUUUAAUGAAUAUUUUAACAAGAUGGGUAGUAUUUUAAUAAAAUUCCUUGUCGAAAAUCAUGUUGAAAGCCCUUUCUCGUUUUUAUCAGAGCCGUUUCAUAACAUAAUUUAAAGUUUCAGUCUGCGGAUGGAAUGAUUUGAUACUCCAUUCAGCUGCUCCUGCAGCGAUUCCUUGCGGUGGUUGCUGAAACUAAGAUUCACAUCCAGAAAUUUAGUUGAAAACACAAUUUGCAUGUACAUAUUUGUUACGUUCGGCAUUAUUUUAAAGAAUUCUACAUUCUACAUGAGAACACUUGAAUUUGCUCAUUACCGAGAUUAGAUGUUACUCAUCUCUGGCGACUACUUGUAAGACUCUCUCACAUUUUUUUUUGCACAAAUAUGAUUACAACACUUAUUUUUGAAGUGAAUAUCACAUGAAAUGAAAUAUAUUUUUAUUUUAUUAUCAAUUAUAUAUGGUAUUAUUUUUUUAUAUCAUACCAAAUAAACACUCAACAAAAUGUAAUAUUCCCAUGGUAAAAUCAACAAAUGUUCUGAUUCCAACUGUUUAUAUUUUUUCUUGGUGUGUUACUGCACUUUUAACAUCCGAAAGUUUCAGGGUAAUGUUGUGAACGUUUGCCAUAAUUGCUAGCGACAGCCAAAAAAAACUAUACAUUUUGUAUUGUAUCAGUAGCUAUAUGUAUUUUAGUCAAAUAGAAUAUUGUGAUUGAAAAAAUACUACCAAGGUUAUUAUUUUAUAGUCAGUAUUUUCAAUUGUUGUACAGUUGUUUAGCAUUUAAGAAUAGUUCUAAGAGAAAUUUUAAUUAUUAUGGAAGAAAAUGAAAUACAUUAUUCUUGUUGUUGUACAAGAAAGCCAGGCCCGAGACGUGUCAGCCUUGCUGAUGUGUGACUGAUGUCACAUGCAUCUUCCGCUACAGUCUCUACUUGUCUCCAACAUCGUGUGUGGUGUUCAUGUCUCGUGAAUGCUAUGAGAUCAGUGUAUAUUUGUAUGUAAGUCUUCCUGAGCAUGUGUGUGUCAAUGUUCUGUUCCAGUUGUUCACAGUAUACUACUUAUGCUUGAAAACUAUUCCAAUUUUCUAGUCAUAGCUGGUUCAAAUAUGUUCAAAUAUGUUGGUCAGUGUACAAAAUAAAAAUAAUAAAUAGGUAUGCUUUGUUUGAA